CGUCAAUUGAACGACAGCUAACCUGAAAACCGCCCCGACCAAUGUCAACACGCCUCGCAAACAAAUCAGUUUAGCCCCAGGGAUUUUUCGGCAAAAAGAUGGAAGGCGCAGCCGGUGAACGGGGCCCCAGUAAAAUCUUCCAGGCGAUCGCACAGGGGGACGUGGUUCUGCUGAAGGCGCUGCUGGCCGAGGGGCCCCACAUCGCCAACAGUCUGGACGAGAACAAAAUGACGCCGCUCCAGCACGCCGCCUAUAAAGGCAGCAGGGAGAUGGUGCAGGUGCUGCUCGACCAGGGCGCCGACGUGAAGCUGUGCGAGCACCAGCACAACUACACAGCGCUGCAUUUUGGGGCGCUGUCGGGCUCCGCCGACGUCUGUUUGCUGCUGCUGGAGGCCGGCGCCAAAUCGAACGAGACGAACACGGUGGGGCGCAGCCCGGCGCAAAUGGCCGCCUUUGUCGGCCACCACAACUGCGUGGCCCUGAUCAAUAACUACGUGCCGAAGGGCGACGUGCAGGUGUACACCAACGGGGGGCAGGGCGGCGCCCCCCUGCUGCCGCCCUUUUUGCUCGAGAGCUUCCACAAGUUCGUCAUGCAGAUCAACAUCCACCCGAUCAAGGUGGUGAUGAAUGUGCACAGUUUCGUGGGGCUGCAGGAGCAUCUGGCCGAAGUGAAAAAGGUGCUGGACCUGAUGAGCGAGAGAGAGAUGAAAAGGGGCCAGGAGAGCAACGAGGUCAUGUCCUUCAAGCUGUACUAUUUGGGGUACAUUGUGGGCGAGAUCGGGAAGGUGAAGGUGCGCCAGGCGGCCAAUCGGGAGCAGGAGGAGAAGCGCCCCAUUGACAUCACGGAGGCGUUCGCCCGCAAACUCCUCAAACCAGGCAAAGAGGACAGUCUGGAGUACAUGGACGGUUUCCUGAAGGAGUGCAUCCGCGAGUUUCCGUUCAGGGAGAGCACCCUGUUCAGGCAGAUGGUGGCAACGCUGUCGGGCGACGACGCGCCCGCCGCCCUUUUCGUCAUCAGCGCCUGCAUUAAUGGACAGCGCGGCUUUCUUGACGCGGUCGCCCAUUGCAACACGUGCGGCGAGGAGAAGCCGACGAAAAAGUGCAGCAAAUGCAAAGUGGUGCAGUACUGCGACCGCAACUGUCAGCGGCUGCACUGGACGUGGCACAAAAAGUCGUGCAGCCGAUUGGGGCAGCAGGAGGGCGCCGCCCCCGCUCGCGACAUCGAUCUCAAGGAGCUGCAGACCUUCAUCAAUCAGCCGAAUUAGGGCGAUUCGAUUUGUUGUGGACGAAAUGGCGGAUGCGCCACCUAACCGGUAUUGUAUAUAGUUGAUGUUUGCGUGGUUUUCUCAUUGUUGGUUUUUUGGAUGUCGAUGCUACGGAAAUACACAGUGCACAGUAGA